AUGCAAAACACAAAAACAUUUACUCCAGAGGAAGAACAAGAAAUCUCUGAAAGAGUUCAAGAAUAUGAAGAUAAAUAUGGUAGUUUAGAUAGAACCUCAAGAAUGUUGGAACAAUUAAGAGAUUCACAUGCUACAGGUGUUGAUAAUUUAAUGAAAUUAGGACAACAAAGUGAACAAAUGAAUAGAGUUGAAAAGUUAACCACUGAACAAGAGCAAAUGGUAAAGGGAUUGGGUAAAUAUAAAAAGUUUAAUAAAUAUAUGAAAAGAUUCUCAAAGAAGGAUAAAGAAGAGAAACCAAAACCAAACAAAAACCAAGAGAUUCACAACGAGGUAAAGAGAUUAAAAGUUAAGAAUGAAGUAGAUGUUAAAAUUUUUAAUAAAAGACAAAACGAUGAAAAAGAAAAAAGAGAAAAAAGAUUAGAUGAAUAUAACCAAAAGUUGAGAGAAGAUCAAGCUGCAGGUAACCCAUUUUCAGAGAAUGCUGAUAAUACAACCACCACCACCACCACUACCACUACUUCCACUACUUCCUCUACUUCUAUUAGAAAAACAAGUCCAAAACAAACCAAUGGUAUGACAGAGGAUGAAAUGUUUGAAAAGAAAGGUUUAUCAAAACUUUGGAAUAAAGAUAAUGAUCCAUUAAGUAAGAAUGAUAAGAUUCAAAUUAAUGAUGCCAUUGAAACUCAAGCAUUACCAAUGAAUCGUUUAUCAGAUGAAUGUAUGAAAGAUAAUGUGAUCAUUCAACGUUCAACUUGGAUAAAGAAACAAGAUGCUCAGUUGGAUGAAAUGCAAGAUAUCCUCUCGGAUCUAAAGAAUAUAAGUUUGGCAACUCAAACAGAGGUACAAACUCAAUCACUCAAAUUGGAUGACAUUGGUGCCUCAAUGGAUAGAGGUUCCGAUUUUUCACUCAAAAAGAAAUCAAAACGUUCCAUUGAAAAAGAACAAAAGAAAAAAGAAAAAGAAGAAAAAGAAAAAAUUAAAAAAGAAGAAAAAACUAAACAAGACAUUGAUAAACAAGUUAAAAAAGAUUUUGGUGUUGGUGUUAGUUCAAAAUAA